UGAAGAAAUUAAAGAAAAAAGAAGAGGAAGAAAAGCACGCAAGUGGUGGUGUCAAUGUCAACAAUAGUACAGUAGUUAUAGACUAGUUAAUUAUUUUGCAUUGCUGCAAUAUAGUGCAAGCAACUUUAUGGCCAAACCUACUAUCACUACUCCACCUCCGUAGAGAUCACAAGCACAAGCACAAGCAUAAUCAUGUGCCUAUUCUUCCGCUGGUGGCAAAAGAGUUCAAGGGACAGUAGUAACCCCCAAAACUCUACCACGUGCCGCCACUUUACCAUCGCCGAGAUAAGAUCCGCCACCAACAACUUCGACCAAGCCCUAAUCAUAGGCCGCGGAGGCUUCGGCAAUGUUUACAAAGGCAAGUUCCCCAAGCACCGCUCCCCCGUGGCCAUCAAGCGCCUCAAUCAGGGUUCCAAUCAAGGACUCCGCGAGUUCCAAACGGAGAUCAAGAUGCUGUCCCACCUCCGCCAUCCUCACCUCGUCUCCCUCAUCGGCUACUGCCAGGACGCCGCCGAGAUGAUCCUCGUCUACGACUACAUGGCGCGUGGAACCCUACGCGAGCACCUCUACGACUUCGACAGCAGCAACAACCAAGAACCCCUCUCGUGGAACAAACGCUUGGAGAUAUGCCUUGCUGCGGCGCGUGGGCUUCACUUCCUGCACACAGAGAACGUGAUCCACCGGGACGUGAAGAGCACGAACAUACUGCUGGACGAUGAUUGGAUCGCGAAAGUUGCGGAUUUCGGUUUGUCGAAGGACGGGCCGAAUGGGUCCCACGUGACAACGGACGUGAAGGGUAGUUUGGGGUAUUUGGAUCCGGAGUACUACAUGAGUCAGUGGUUGAGUCAGAAGUCUGACGUGUACUCGUUCGGGGUGGUUUUGUUGGAGGUGUUGUGUGGGAGGCCAGUGAUCAAGCGUAGGAUCGAGAAUAGGCAGGAGGAGUCCCUUGUGAUUUGGGUAAAAAGCUGUUAUCAAGAUGGCAACGUUGAUCUGACGGUGGAUCCUGCCUUGAAGGGUACCAUUGGGCAAAAGUGUUUGGACAAGUUUGUUGAGGUUGCCUUGAGUUGUUUGAACGAUCAUGGCAAGGAACGCCCUUUCAUGAAGGAUGUGAUGAAGGGCUUGGAGUGUGCCUUGAGCCUGCACCUCACUGGGGGCAAGAACAACAGCGAUGACGUGGCAGUCAGCUUCACCGUCCUUGUGGGCCAUGAUUAUGAUGACCAUUCUCGCGGAGUAGUCAUGACCGACUCUCAGUGUACUAUUACUACUACCAGUAGUAAUGCCGCAACUACCACUACCACUACCACUACAAGCACCACCACAUCCAACGAGGAGGAGAAAGCUUUGGUGCUGCAUGGGGUCUUCUCUCACCUUGGUAAUCCAACACCUACAUACUUAUCUGUUUGCACUGAUAAAUGACUUAUCUUUCUGUAUAUUUAUUUAGAAUUUAACAUCGUGUAUGGUUAUAUGUUAUAUUCUACGAUAACGACUUUUUCACAUUCCACUA